AACAGUGGCGUGCCGUGCCGUUGGCUUUAUUAGAAGCUGUGCACCUGUAUUUAGACCUGGAUUGGCACAGCACAGAGAUCGUCAGUUUAUUUCUGCUGCACAAUCACAGACACGCAGUCGCGAGCUAUAAGUUUUAAUUUGCCAACAUGAAGAGCAGACUGAGCAGUAGACUGCCGUGGCAGCAAGAGGAGGAGCUGGACCUCGAGCUCAGCCUCCUCCCCGGCGACUCGGACACGGAGCCGCCCGGCUUCUUCCGCUGCACCUACUGCGACCGCAAGUUCUACACCUCGCAGGCGCUCGGCGGCCACCAGAACGCGCACAAGUACGAGCGCACCCUCGCCAAGCGCCGCCGCGAGAUCGCCGCCGCCUUCAAUGCCGGCGGCGCGGGGCGCGCCAUCAGCGUCGCCGCGGGAGCUGAGACCGUCGGAGCGAGGCCGCGGCUGGAAGACGCUCUGGGGCCGGAGAGAUCGUCUCGCCUGUUGCUGCGGGACAAGAAGGGCUCGUCGGAGCACGGCGGCGUCGAGCGCGCCGACGAGCUGGACCUGUCCCUCAGGCUAUGAUCGAUGGACCUCACCCGCGGCGCCUCUCAAGUUUCCGUAAUCGGUUUGCCUGCUGGUUAAUUUUUCCUAUCUGUAUGCUUUGCCUCUUAGAUUAUUCACCGUCAUCUUGCACAUAAAAGCUGAGUUUCUAUCCUUGGAUACAUAUAUGCUUGCAGAUGAGUUUGUGUACUAAUAGGAUUUCUUGGCAACACGCGAAGGGCAUAUAAUUCGUCCACUCAA